GAGGGAGGGGCAGACAGCUAGGCAGGCGAGGGAGAGAAGGUGGACAGUUCCCUCACGCCUUCCCUGACUGACUGACUGACUGGCUGACUGGCUUGCGUCUUGCUGCCAGCCGCGGUGGUGAUGGUAGUGGUGCUGCUACUCCUGCUGCGGCUGCUACGGUACUACUAUUGCUGGAGGCGUUAAUAUAGGGAAAAUUAAGUAGUGAGUUUAGCUAGUCCACAACGCCCACCACCAGAUGGCACCAGUGUGGGAAAGGCUUCACUCCACGCCCACGCUUUCCUCCACCGCCCACACCUACACCCAGCGGAAAUGCACGCCCGUGGACAGCCUGGAAUGGACGCUGGAAGCCGAUUAUGACCACGAAAAGGAUCUGUUCAAGGACAAGCCUGCUGUCAUGCGUCGCCGGGGGAUGGACGGUAGAUCAUGCCAAGAGGAGCAGGCGCGGCGGAGAGCAGAAGAGGAGGGAGAGUGGAGAGCGGAGAGUGUUAGCAGACCGUCACUGGAAGUUAAACACUCGCCAUUGAGCCAGCGUUGUGCCGCCGCGGAGCAGGCAAGACUGGCCGGGUCCUGCACUCCACCUGCUGGGAGGCGUCAGGAGACUGAGGGAAUGCUGGGACCUCGAGUGUGGCGGGUACGGGCUGGGGAUUCUCUCACUCACUACCUGCAGUACAGUCCCCGCGCCACACACACGCUCACGGUGCCCAAGGCUGCCCAGGGGUACGCCAGAAAUCCCACCGGUGCCUUCUUCACCUCAUAAUUUCUCCUGACGACUCAACCCUUCACACUCAACGAACCCCCAAAGAAACGAUAAAAUCCGUCCUUGUCCCUGCACUUUUGUAUCUAUUUGCAAUAAGUGAUAUUCAACUACGGUUUCGCUGACUUCAUAGUGUCGCCACAAGCUCAAGUUACACUGGGAUCACACUUGUUGCUUCCAACCUACAUUAUUAGUGUGAAACCAUCAUUCUAACAUUUCACGCAGGGAAGUCACAGAACUCUUGACUUCUGAUCUUUCUAAAAUUUCUGAUUGGGGCAGAGCAAAUUUGGUAUUGUUUAAUGCCUCAAAAGCUCAAUUCCUCCAUCUAUCAACUCGACACAACCUACCAGAUAACAGCUUCAAUGAAGUUAGAGGUUCUGAGACGUCUCCGCCGGUUUUUUUCACCGCCCCCCCCAGCUGCUAACUCUGUACAAGGGCCUUAUCUGUCCAUGUAUGGAGUAUGCUUCACAUGUCUGGGGGGUUCCACUCAUACUGCUCUUCUAGACAGGGUGGAAUCAAAAGCUUUUCGUCUCAUCAACUCCUCUCCUCUAACUGACUGUCUUCAGCCUCUCUCUCAUUGCCGCAAUGUUGCAUCUCUAGCUGUCUUUUACCACUAUUUUCAUGCUCACUGCUCUUCUGAUCUUGCUAACUGCAUGCCUCCCCUCCUCCUGCGGCCUUGCUGCACAAGACUUUCUUCUUUCUCUUACCCCUAUUCUGUCCACCUCUCUAACGUAAGAGUUAACCAGUAUUCUCAAUCAUUCAUCCCUUUCUCUGGUAAACUCUGGAACUCCCUGCCUGCUUCUGUAUUUCCACCUUCCUGACUUGAAUUCCUUCAAGAGGGAGGUUUCAAGACAAUUAUCCUUCAAUUUUUUACUACUGCUUUGGACCCUUUUAUGGGACUGGCAUUUCAGUGGGCAUUUUUUUAUUGGAUUUUUGUUGCCCUUGGCCAGUGUCCUUCCUACAUAAAAAAAAAAAAAAAAAAAAAAAAUUCUGGUCUUUCAUUAUUUUCUACUGUGUGCUAGAGAUUCUGACCUUUGUCACUAUGGAGACUGCUUUAUCCAUUGGCUAACUAGUGUUAACCUUAGGCUUUCCACACUUACCUUACAAGCAUGCAAGUCCUAGAGCCUCAUUCUCACCAUAAUCGUAUCGUCGGAAGCAUUACAUUCACCUGCCUCCAUCCCUGUCCCUACCGUCAGGUUGUCUUACAAUAAAACUUAGUAAUGUAAAUAAAAAAGUACACCCUCAAUGUCAAUGAAACUAGGAAUGGGAAUUGAAUUUCGUCUACUUUGUCUACUUUAACUGCCUUCCCGUCAUCUUCCACCUUUCGCUCCCAAACAUAAUGGAUAAAUAAAUAUUCCAGUAGGCUUUUCAUUAUUUACGCGUUUAGAUCCCUAGUACCUCUUAUUGCCACGUCUCAUAUUCCCAACUUUUGAGGUCCUCUUCGCUUCAUCCCUCUCUUAUCCAUCCAUUACUUCAUCACUUAUUAAUCCAUGUAGCCAUUUUCUUGGCGUAAAUAUCCCUAUAUAAGGACUGUAUACCUGCACGACAGUCGUUGUGCACCAGAAUCUCUCUGCUGACACUCUUCUUCCCAUUCCUUACCACUUUCCUUCCUACCUUCUCUUCACACACACCAGGAGGAGGAGGAGGAGGAGGAGGAGGAGGAGGAGGAGGAGGAGGAGGAGGUGGUGGUGGUGGUGGUGAAGGUGGGAUAAAAGGAUGUGAAACUUGAAUGUCUGUAACACGAAGUAAAUAAACAUGAAUAAUGACAUCAUUUAUUCAUAUCCAAAUCAUUUAAUGCUACCAUUCUUUGUACAAGACAUAGGCAUAUGUACACAAAAUAACUUGUUGUACUCUCAUACAACAAUAAGUGUCAGGAUUCGCAAACAUGUAAGGGAGGUUCUUCUUAAAUUUAAGUGAGCCUUUCUUUUUAGCGUCCGCCGGGGGUGGGGGGGGGGGGUUGCCGCGGGCCCCUGAGCGGCGCCUGUUGGGCCAGGUACAGGUACAGUCUUGGUACAGCGCCGCCUGGUAGAUGCUACACCUCUACCGCCCACUACCACUAGCAGAAAAUUGGUGGAAAAAAACAGAAUAAAAAAAUAAUAAUAAUGAAAAAAGAAAAAGGCAACAGGUAUGCGCGGGUCCCGGUUCACCCCCCCGCGCUGGACAACUCUUGUAUACUUUAUGCUUAGUCCUAGAACCGUGAACAUCAAGAAUAAACAGGUACUAUUGUGGGAGGAGCAGGAAAAAAAGUUGUAAAUGAAGAAAGAGAAAGAUAAGAACAAAUACAAACCCCAGAACCCAUCGAAACAUUGCAUUUGAGGAAAUAAAGACAUGGCACAUGAAGAGGUGUGUCAGUCUUGUUAUGAUGAAUGUAUGACAAAAAUAUCAAAUAAAAAGUUCUGGAGGGAAAAUGUCAUGAAAAUUACAACACUACACUACUCAAUGAAGGAAAAGAAAAAAACACAUAACUGGAAGUCACGUCCAAGAAAAUUAAAAAG